AUGGCGAGCGGCGACCCGAAGCCGGACGAAAACUACUCCUCCGAUGGCGGUGACACCACCGACGCCGAGUCCUCCGACGAGUCUCCGCAUCAGCCGCGGAGGCCCCCCCGCGCCAACCCCAUCCUGACGCGCCUCUCCGUGUCGCGGAAUCCGAGCCCGCUCUCCGCCGCCACCGCGGCGCCUGGGGUCUGCCUCCUCCGCUUCGCCUGGGAAUCGGCCGCCGGUUCCCUCGUCGGCGCCGUCGUUGGAUAUGGAAAAGGUUUGGUUACUACAAAAGGGUUUAAAGGCUCAUUUGCUGACGCUGCCUCUUCUGCUAAGAUAUUUGCUGUUCUUGCCGGCGUUCAAAGUUUGGUUUCUUGCUCUUUAAGAAAGCUACGUGGCAAAGAUGACGUUAUUAACGCAGGAGUUGCAGGCUGUUGCACUGGCCUUGCUUUGAGUUUUCCAGGUGCACCGCAAACUCUGAUUCAGAGCUGUCUGGCCUUUGGAACUUUCUCGUACAUCAUAGAAAAGCUCAAUAGACAGCAACCUGCGCUUGCGCUACCGUCAGCUGCUGGCCUGAAGGAUCUGAAGGCUGGUCCGAGUGUUCUUCCCCCCUUCACGCUUAACAUGCCGCACGAUGCGAUGGAAGGCUUCUCUUUGUUUCAAAACUUUUUGUCAAAGUUCCGAGAAAGCUGA